UAGUCUCGUAUUCAGGCCAGUUGCUUAAGAUACAGCAUUCUCGCGCAGUUAUUCCGAUUAGCUCCCAUAGAUACGAUAAGUGUGCAUUGCAGUGGAGAAGCGAUUAGAUUGUUGUUGUGACGGGAGCCUGAAGGAAAGUCUUUAGAGAUGGAGAUGGUGCUGGGUGGAAUGGCACGCUGUGUCGUGGUGCUCGCUAUGUUAUGUUGGGUCCUGGACUCGGGGUGUUGUCAUCCAAGGAUUGGCCGUGCCGCUCGAGAUGAGCUCUGCAGCGAAACGAACGACUCGUUAUUCCUGACCCAGCACGUCGACAGCGGGAAUAUAACGCGUGCUCGUACGGAGAGCAUUGUGUCCCUCUUCACUGCGGACUACAACAUCCCGGAUGUGCACUCUGGUUACAUCACCGUUAACAAGUCAGCCGACACGAACCUUUUCUUUAUGCUGGCCAAGGGGCAAAGCGCGCUCGAUAAUACGACGUCACCUGCACCGCUCCUACUAUGGCUUCAAGGGGGACCAGGGCAGACGUCCUUGUUCGGGCAAUUCGUCGAGCACGGACUGCUCGGUCUCGACGGCAACGGGAGUUUCUACAGGAGAAACCACACACUGUGGAAGCUGUUCGAUGUCGUCUACUUGGAUGAACCUGUUGGAGCCGGCUACAGUUUCACGAGGGACCUCACCGAUGGAUUCGCGAAAACCGUCGAGGACAUGAGCCGAGACAUUGUGGAGUUUUUGCGUCAGUUCCUGAUCCUGUUCCCCGAGUAUCAUGGAAGGGACUUUUACGUCGCUGGUGAAUCCUACGGAAGCAGGCCAGCCCUAGCCACAGCGUACAGUAUCCACGAAGAACCAUUUAGGGUUAAUCUCACCCUCAAGGGAGUCAUCAACGGCGUUGGCUUCUGGAGUUCUAUCAUGGAACCUUUACACGUCAGUUCCUAUUUCAAUGCCCUCGGUCUUCUUGACCACAACGGCUACAAAACAUUCUCAGAACGAGUGUCCAACAUCAGCACCCUCGCCAGCAAAGGAAUGCACCUUGAAGCCUCCAUGCUUAUGGCACAGACCUUUUGGUCCUCGAGCAACAAGUCGGACCCUACGCUGUACCAGGAGCUGACGGGCUACGAAUUUGACGGGAAUGUUCUGGAACCCAAAGAACCCCCAGUGUUCACGAGGUUCAACGAACUGGCGGUUAUGCCUUGGUUUAAGAAGGCAGUCCACGUGGGCAAAGAUAGACCGUUCAGAAAGUACGACAUGUACAUCCACGGAAAUCUUGUGCACGAUCGAUUCAGGGACCUCGGGGACAUGGCUGUUAAGGUGUUGAAUAACUACAAGGUCCUAGUGUACGUCGGCCAGCUUGAUCCUACAUUUGCGCAGGACCAAACCGAGGUCUUCUUCCGGAACCUGUCGUCCUGGACCGGAGCCCAAGAGUUCACGUCGGCCCAUCACAAAAUAUGGUACAUCAACGAGGACGACACUCAUUCCGCAGGCUAUGUGACCCGCAUUCGGAACUUCACUUACGUAAAACUAGCCAGAGUCGGGCAUUAUCCAGCGUUCGACCAACCACAGGCGGUGACGGAAAUGUUCUUCCGGUUCGUCAACGAUCGCUUCGUCUAGUUCAGGGUCAUGAACACUCCAAAACUAGCUGAGGGGCGAAUAUAUGUUUACCUAAAAAAGAAGGGAAAAAAAGACAGGGAAAGGUUAGCGUGCGCUACGGCUGCCAAAACUGAGUGUGCGAAGUAACGUGGGGGAUAACAUAAGCGCAGUAUGCCAAUUGCAAUCGUCACCAAAUCGCAGCCAUCUCCAAUGCUGCUUGCGCUUUGAAGUACAAAACCAGUAUUUAGAAGAGAAUUGUUCAAUUUUUGCUGAGCAAUGAUGCGGGUUCAGCGCUAAAGGAAUGUACUGUGCGAAGGUGUAAGACCCUAGCGGUAGCCUAGACCAAAAAUAAACUAAGAAAUACUGUCA